AUGCGCACCAAGCGCAACAAGUCACGCGCGGAAUGUCGCCGCAGGAAUGCUCUGCGACGUGCCCAAAGCAAUGAACAACAAAACAUCGCGGUCCCCGGCCCUGUCAGGGCAGAAAGCGACGCUCCAACACGCCCGGAAGCUUCCAGUCAGAGCAUAGGUGCGCAGAAUGAGAGUCAGACUCCCCGAAAUGAUGCGCCUCUUCAAAGUGAAGCCACUCAACAUGGCAAUCCCCAACGCGACACGAGCCAGGGCGACCCCGGUCUCCAAGACUUCCGUCCCAUUGUGCAGAAUUACAAUCUGCUACGCAUUCUUCCAGUCAUCGAGAUCUCAAGUGAUCCCACACUCUUCAUCCGUAACCCUCGCAAAGAUGGCCCUUAG